AUGGAGAUUCUCGAUUCUGUUUCGAGUCUUUUUAUCCCUUUCAAGGUUGUGCUUAGUCUUGAGUUACUCUGUGAAUGUAACAUUGUAAAUGUCUUCACUUUGAACCAAGGUCAGCGAAGGAGUGAGAGUAUCAUUGUACUGGAUUUAUUUGUUGGAACCAUCCACACCCGUGCUGGCUAUAUCGAGGAAGUGUUCGAGCACAGGGUGACAAAUGUGGUUCUCAAUGGGAAUGGAUCUAACUUUCUCGGCGAAGAGAUUGACGGCGACUCUCACGACGGCGAUUCUAACGAUGGCGGCCACUCUCACGACGACGACGAGAAAAGGUCUUCUCUCUCACGAGUUACGACGUCUCUCUGGAAAGAGCAUCUGGUGACGGCGAAUAACAAUCACACUACACGAUUCAAAAUCUCAUCUCAAAAAUGUCGUCUUUUCUUCACGAUUCUUCUCUUCACGAUUCUCCUCUUCGCAAUUCUCCUCUUCACGAUUCUCAUCUUCACGAUUCUCUACAACAACGAGUUUUGCACAACCUUGAGAUUGCCUGGGAGGGUUUAUGAAGCUGGAGAACCACCAGAUAAUUCCAAAGCGAUAAUCCAUCACUCAAAGAUUGAUUAUGUCGAGAAGGUAGAAGAUAUAUUAGGAAAAGAAGAGUUCUCUUUGAUAGAGAACUCUCACAUUGGGAGCAUUUUGAAGGUGGUUAAAAGGAGUAGGGUUCAAUUUCCAGAAGAGUUGUUCCAUUUUCUAAUGCAGCAAAGAGUAUUGACGCAAGGAGAGGAUCUCUGGUUUACUUUCUCGGACCAGCCUAUGAGGUUUUCACUAAGGGAAUUUCAUCUGACAAUAGGCUUACGUUGUGAGGAAGAUCAAACAAUAACAGAGUCACAGUUCAAAAUAAUGAAGAAGCCAUACCUUUGGAUGCUGGGCAAGGAUGAUAGGUUUACGGUGAGAACGUUGUAUGAAAUGUUUAAAGAGAAAGCACGAAGCAUGCCAACACUAGAAAGAGUAUCCCUUGGAACAACAAUAAUCACAGAAGCGGUGGCCUGGGGUAAAACUGCUUAUAGCAUCUUGAUGAGAAGUGUAAAAAGUUUGAGUGCAAGUUCCUGGACAGGAGAUAGUUAUGAAGUGAGUGGUUUUACGCUAGCCAUAAAUUUGUGGGCAAUGUCAUCAGUGCAUGUGCUGGUUAGCACAGUGAUUGGAUUGGCUGAGGAAUACAAACAUUUGGUGGGGGCAACACAUAGUGACGAUGCUGACUUUCACAGUGUUGUGAAACUAGUUCAACAAGGAUACAAAAUGAAGAGAAGCGAUUGGGAGCAAGGUUUUGCGGAUAUGUUUGUUGCAACAGAAGAUAUAGGUCAACAACGCAAGACAAAAGACGAAGAUGCAGAGCAUUGUGAAGAUCUGAACCAUAGUGAAGAUGAAGAGGAAAAGAAAGAUGAAGAGUAUCAAAAGGAUAAGGAGCAAAGAAAAGAUAAAGAUCAUUCUAUGUAUAACAGCGAGAAACUUGAUAAGCUAAUCCAAAUGGUUCGUAAUUUGGAUAAGCGAGUAGUGGUGAUCCAGAAUGUUUUAGGAGUUAAGUUUAAUGACGGUUCACCAAACAAAGAAGAUUGUGAGAAAGAAGCUAGUUCUGGUGAUAGAAGAACUGCACAAGAUUAUGAAAAUGAAGAAGAUACAAUUGAUGAAGAAGCAAAUUCUGGUGAUAAAAAAAAUGCACUAAAUGAUGAAAAUGAAGAAGAGAUAUGUGAUGAAGAAGCAAAAUCUGGUACAGAGCAUCUAAGGGAAGAAGAGAAUAUUCUUGGGGAAAAUGAGACUACACAGAAAAUCACUCAAGACGAAGACACAGACACAGAAAAAUUUGAAGCAGAAAGUUGCUUGAAACAAACGUCGCAGGUUACGUGGCCUACUCCAACAUUAAAUACUCCAAACUUUGAUACAAGGGUUACAUCGCCUACUCUAACAUUUACGUCUCCUAAGUUUGAUCUUCUUUCCCAAGAAAGUCGUCAUAGUGGAAAGGGUACAAAUGAGGUUCUUAUGAGAGAUAUUUGUGAGAUUCCUGUUUUUCAACCUCUAAUGAAAAUUAAUAAGAGAUUGGUACAACAAGACAGCCAGGUAAACGAAGAUGUUGAGCCUCCACUUCAAAAGAAGAUUAAAGCUGAUACAGAUAAUGUUCCACUAAGAAGAAGUGAAAGAGGUCAAAUACCAUCUACUCAUACACAACCCCCAUUUACAGGAGCAAGGAAGAAACAUCCGAUUCUUCAUCCCUUUGAGCCAGCUGAUAAAACAAGAAAGGAAAAGAUGAGAGAAUGGAAAAUGAAACUGAGAAUCAAUCAAGAGAUAGUAACCGCAAAGUGGUUUUCAGAUAUUGAAACUCCCGGAAAAAAACUUUCAAAAACGCAUAUUGAAGCAGGUUUGGAGUUGCUGAAACUAAGAAAGAAAAACAAUCCAGACUUGUUUCUGAACAAAACUGACUUAGUUGUUGGAGUGAAGUUUCUUGAAGAAAUAGAUGAGCUUUAUGAUGAGUUUUUAGAUGACAAGAAAGGUUUCCAAUUUGGAGCAGGAUUUGACAAGUACAACAUAGAGAAGAAUAUCAACUUCCUCUAUUGCAGUAGAAGAAAAGUAUUGGCAAUGAAGUUCACAGAUGCGAGUUUGGUCCCUUAUAUAAAUGCAUAUGCGAUGGCUCUCCCAUUCAUGAUUCGCAACUUCUUCAAAGAUGUCAGCAUGGAUACAAGCAAGUUCUCGAUAAAAAUUGCAUCUGAAGGUUUCCCACAGGUUCUUAAAAUAGAAGAAAGUGGAGUUUAUGCAUUAAAGCUGAUAGAGUGCCAUGCAAUGUGUUGUGAAGUAGAAGUAUCUCUUCAAGAAGAUGGGUUCAAAGGUUCUUGGCUUAGAGCUAUCCUCGAGCAAAAUCCGACGAGAGUGGAAGGAGAAAAGCUCCGGGGUUGUUACAAAAAUUUGCUCCACGAAGACGGUAUAAUUCCUUGCAAGGAAACUAUUGAAAGAUGUUUUAUUCGGACGGUCCCGCCAGAGUGUCUGAAUGAGGGUGUCGUAUUCAAGGAAGGGUCGGUGGUGGAUGCUUAUUUUAAUAAUGGUUGGUGGACUGGUGUUAUCAUAGUUGAAAGGCCAGAUGGUAGUUUUUUGGUUUACUUUGAUGAUCCACCAGACAUAAUGAGAUUCAUCAGAAACCAACUGAGACCUCAUGUUGAUUGGAUCGGCUCUGAAUGGGUCAAAAGCAAAAACAAGCUUAUAUAUGAUUGUUUUGGAAUUGAAGGUAUUGAGUUAACACAUGUUAAGAACAGGGAAGUUGGUGGAAAUGACCCGCCAUCCCCUCCUCGAGAUCUUUGUGAAGAGUACAGUCUGAACGACUUUGUUGAAGUGGUUGUUACACAUGGGUGGCGCAAAGGUCGAGUGACGGAAAUUCUCAUUGAAAAUAAUUACAAAGUGUAUUUCGAUGCCACAAAAGAGGAUGCGGUUUUUAAUUACACUGAGAUUAGGCUGUCAAUGGAGUGGCUAGGUGGUGGUAGUUGGAUUCGCGCACGUGAAACGAUGAGUAAAUCUGAUGAUAAGAUUGCUUUGCCAAAAAGAAUCUCCGAACCUGGUACAAAUGGAGGCGUAUUGGAUAGAAUUAACAAGCGCUCCAACCUGAAGUUGGUUGGUAAAGUUGAAAACGUUUUGGACAAAGAAUUCAAGAACCUUGAAGAUUCAUUCUUGGCUCCGCUAUGGGUGUUAUCUUCUGUGAAUCAACUAGGCAUGUUCUUUGGUAUUAGGGAUGAUGAAAUUCAGUUUCCCUUGUACUUGCAUUGGAUAAAAAUAAAAUCGCUUACUAUUGAAGAGGUUAACAGAUUCGACAAAUUGGAGAAGGUUGAUGUCAAAUGUAUCCUUGGAGAUCCCGAAUUGCAUAGCGACUUGGUUGAAGAUGUAGACAGUGAAUUCGGAAGAGUUGUUGAUCAUGUCAAAAGAGGAUAUCGUUUAAAGAGACAAGAUUGGCUUAAUGGAAGUGUCGACAUUGUCGUUGCUGAAGCUGAAGUGGACGAAAAUAAUUCUGCUCCUGGGAUUGAUGCAACUGAUCAAGAAAAGAUUGAAUUCCUCACUAAGAAAGUAGUGUCUCUUGAAGAAAAAGUGAAGUACCUUGAAGGUCUUUUGAACAUUCGUGGAGAAACAGAAACUAAGAAGUCAAAAGAAACUGAAGCCGCCACAAAAACCAAGAUAAAUGGACAGAAUGCCGAUUAUGAAGUUGGUGACACAGAAGUUUUACAAGAUUAUAUAGAUGCAAAAAGACAGAAAAUCGCUAAGGGAAAGAAGAAAGGUGUAAGACCUUCAGGUGAAGUAGACCAUCAAGUAGAAGAUGAUACAGAAGUCGAACACGGUGCUAUAGAAAAUGACACAUCAAAAGUCAAUGAAGGACAGACACAAGAGGAAGAGGAACACCAAGUAGAAGAUGAUGCAGAUGUGGACGACGGUGCUAAAGAUGAAGAAGUGAAUGAGGAUGAAGAAGUAAAUGAGGAUGCAUCUAAAAAGCCCGUGAAGGUUACAAAGAAACGUGGAAGAGGAAAUAAGGGAAAUAAGAAAAGUGUUAAACCUCCACGUGAAGUACAACAACAAGUAGAAGAUGAUGCAGAAGUCGGUGAUAAAGAGAGUGAAAAUUCAGAAACCAAUGAAGAUGGAGAAGGAAAUGAGGAUGCAUCUAAAAAGAUCGUGAAGGGAAUGAAUAAAGGUGUAAGACCCCCACGUGAAGUACAACAACAAGUAGAAGAUGAUGCAGAAGUCGAUGCUAAAGGAAAUGAAAAUUCAGAAACCAAUGAAGAUGGAGAAGGAAAUGAGGAUGCAUCUAAAAAGAUCGGGAAGGUUACAAAAAAACGUGGAAGAGGAAAUAAGAGAAUGAAUAAAGGUGUAAGUCCCCCACUUGAAGUACAACAACAAGUAGAAGAUGAUACAGAAGUCGAUGCUAAAGGAAAUGAAAAUUCAGAAACCAAUGAAGAUGGAGAAGUGAAUGAGGGUGCAUCUAAAAAGCCCGUGAAGUUUACAAACAAACGAGGAAGAGGAAAUAAGGAACCUAACGUUGGCAUCCCCAAAUCAAAAAGACAAAAGAAACAAUCUGAGAAAGAUUCAGCUGGUGAUGUGAUCGAACGUGUAUUGGAAGAUCUGAAAACAUCCGAUUAG